AGACAUUUGUAUUUAUUUGUACAAUCUGUCAAGACAGUGUCAUUAAUUAAUAUCAAGCUCUGGUCUGCUAUAUAGUUUCUUGGAGACUGGCCUCUUCAUUGGAGCUAUAAUAUUGACUAACUGGGUGGAGGUGCUAUAUUGACCGUGACUGGAUUGACUGAACUUGUAUCAGUCAUCAACCAAUUAAGGAUUAAAUGAUCAAUCAGAUCAUACUAUGGAUCAAACACAGUCUCUUCGUAACACUGGGUUUGUAACUAGUCUCAAAGAAAAGUACAUUCAGAGAGAGUUUGGAGAAGAUGAAGAAUGGCCACCAUCAGAUAGAAGAGACAAACAAAGAAGACUUAUCAAAUUGCAAUUAGUCGAGACUGAUCAGAUAGAGGGGUUUGGACACAAGGGUCGUUCGAGUGGCAAUGGCAAGCAAUCUAAAGAUGACAAAGAAACACGCAAAUCAAUACUCCACACUGACCUGUUCAAGACUAGCAGUGACAACAAACCAGUCAGGAAGAUUGUUGUGAAAGGCAAUGCUGGGAUUGGUAAAACCACACUGUGUACCAUGCUGACUGAGGAGUGGGCAAAAGGCAAGAUCCUGAAACAAUUCGACUGUGUUCUGUUGCUACCACUGAGAAAUAGCGACGUGUCAUCGGCCACAAGCCUCCCUGAGCUGAUUAAACUCUUCCAUCUGAGUGAGGAGGUCCGCAAACCUCCAACAAAAAGGAUAGAGGAUAGAGAAGGAGAAGGCAUCCUCAUCAUAGCUGAUGGCUGGGAUGAACUCAGUGAGGGUACUCGAGCUAAGGACUCGUUUCUCUACAAACUUCUUCUUGGUUAUGGUUGUUCCAAAGCCUCUGUUCUCCUCACCUCCAGACAUUCUGCAGCAGCACCUUUUCACAAACUGUCUUCAGUGGACACUUUCAUCAAGGUGGUGGGUUUUGAUGAAGAAGAUAUCAAAAAGUACAUAGUUGAGGAAUUCAAGCAAGAUCUAGAGAAAGCUUCUUCUCUUAUGGAGCAGCUUAAAAGCAAUCCACUCAUUCAGAGUUUGUGCUCUGUGCCACUUAAUUGUGCGAUUGUUUGUGAACUGUGGCACAGUUUACAGCAAACACUUCCAAGCACAAUCACGAAACUAUAUGCUAGGAUAACACUGUCUGUCGUGCUUCGUGACAUCAAGAAGAAAUGUCCACAACUCUGUGUAAACUCGCUUGACAAUUUCAAUUGUAUUCCCAAGGAACUUCAAAACGAUUUCUGGCUGGUUUGCAAAUUUGCUUUUGAAUUUUUGGCUAAAGAUCAAAUAGUCUUCUCAGACAGUGAAGUUUCAUCGUUUUCUCAAGAUGGGAACUUUAACAAGAAAGCAUUUUUCUUCGGUUUAUUGCAAUCAGCACAUUCACAUUUCCCUAGCCAACAAAACUCAUUGACAACAGGUUAUGGCUUGUCGUUUCACUUUGCUCAUUUGACCAUUCAGGAGUUUUUAGCUGCCCUUCAUAUCGUCACUUUAUCUCAUGAAGAGAAAACAAAGAUUUGCAACACUUAUGCUGGAAACGAUCGGUUUAAUAUGGUCUGGAGAUUUGUGUUCGGUCUUGAGUCUGAAGAAGAGAAAUAUAGUAAUAAAGUUGUCUCUUUAGGUGAUGUGUUGGUUGAUCAGGUUUUAUUUGCACUACGGGACCAAGACAUUUUACUAUGCCACUGCUCGUUUGAAUCCCAGAAUAAGGUUGUACACUAUAAAGUGGCCAACAGGAUUUGUGCCAAGUUUAGUUCUUGGCUUAGAAUCAGAAGGCCCCAAACUGCUCACGACAGUGUAGCUCUUUUGCACACUUUUAACCUUAUAUCACAUUGUUCAGAGGUCAAGCUAAAUUUUUCAGGGAGUCUUAAUGAUGAGCAGCUUCAGAAACUAGCUACUAUCCUCAUUGACAGAAAGUUGCAAGUAAAAGAAUUAUGUCUCGAUAACUGCAAGCUCACAAAUGAAUGUCUCACGACCUUCUUCAACAAGGCAUCAGCUUCAUUUCAGCAUCUCGAGGAACUAUCUCUAGAUGGGAACCUUAUCACAGGUAUACCAUUUUCACCCAGCAAUAACACAUUAACUAGGCUUUCAUUAUCCAAGAAUCCACUCUGGCAAAGUGGUGCCCAGUUACUAGAGAGUGUUGUAUGCACAGGUUCAAUAGUAAAACUUGAGCGUCUGUGUCUAUCUAGUGCACUGACAAAUGACAGAGACAUUAUCGAUGCCAAAGUGUUAGCCACACUUCUUCAAGCAUUAGCUACACACUGUCCUAAUCUGGAUGACCUUGAUCUCUCUAAGAACAAUAUUGGUGUACCUGGAGCUAGUGCAACAGGAGAGGCCUUUGUAAGACUUGCUACCAAUAGGAAGAACUUGGAGCUGAACUUAAGUGAGACUAAUCUCGACAGUGAAGCAGCGACAGUAUUUUCUGACAAAGUUUUGUCUUCUUUAGGGAAUGUGUCAAAUCCACUCUCUUGUGAAAUUGAGUUGAGUAUUGAUAACAAUCCACUUGGACACAGCGGUUUGUCAGCCAUCUUUAGAAUGCUCUCUAAUGAAAACUGUCCAGUAACAGAAAUUGAUCUGAACCAUACACAUGCAGUCAACCAGGGCCUAAUAACGGCAACCGAUUUUGGUGAAAUUGAAACUCCAACAUUUCCUGGUCGAUGUAGCAAAUUGAAAUGGUUGUAUUUUCGAAACAACAAACCAAGCGGUGACAUUCAUGUAGCUUGCUUGACAAUGGCUAUUAAAUCCGCCAUAUUCGGUGAUCUUGAAUGGUUGCAACUAUCAAAUACCCUUCCUGACAAUGUUGAGGAGAAUGGAAGACUACUGACUGAACUCUUACCAUCCAUUGCCUCUCACUGUCCUAAUCUGAAUGACAUUGAUCUCUCUGAGAACAAUCUUGGUGUACCUGGAGCUAGUGCAAUAGGAGAGGCCUUUGUAAGACUUGCUACCAAUAGGAAGGAGUUGGAGCUGAACUUAAGUGAGACUAAUCUCGACAGUGAAGCAGCGACAGUAUUUUCUGACAAAGUUUUGUCUUCUUUAGGGAAUGUGUCAAAUCCACUCUCUUGUGAAAUUGAGUUGAGUAUUGAUAACAAUCCACUUGGACACAGCGGUUUGUCAGCCAUCUUUAGAAUGCUCUCUAAUGAAAACUGUCCAGUAACAGAAAUUGAUCUGAACCAUACACAUGCAGUCAACCAGGGCCUAAUAACGGCAACCGAUUUUGGUGAAAUUGAAACUCCAACAUUUCCUGGUCGAUGUAGCAAAUUGAAAUGGUUGUAUUUUCGAAACAACAAACCAAGCGGUGACAUUCAUGUAGCUUGCUUGACAAUGGCUAUUAAAUCCGCCAUAUUCGGUGAUCUUGAAUGGUUGCAACUAUCAAAUACCCUUCCUGACAAUGUUGAGGAGAAUGGAAGACUACUGACUGAACUCUUACCAUCCAUUGCCUCUCACUGUCCUAAUCUGAAUGACAUUGAUCUCUCUGAGAACAAUCUUGGUGUACCUGGAGCUAGUGCAAUAGGAGAGGCCUUUGUAAGACUUGCUACCAAUAGGAAGGAGUUGGAGCUGAACUUAAGUGAGACUAAUCUCGACAGUGAAGCAGCGACAGUAUUUUCUGACAAAGUUUUGUCUUCUUUAGGGAAUGUGUCAAAUCCACUCUCUUGUGAAAUUGAGUUGAGUAUUGAUAACAAUCCACUUGGACACAGCGGUUUGUCAGCCAUCUUUAGAAUGCUCUCUAAUGAAAACUGUCCAGUAACAGAAAUUGAUCUGAACCAUACACAUGCAGUCAACCAGGGCCUAAUAACGGCAACCAAUUUUGGUGAAAUUGAAACUCCAACAUUUCCUGGUCGAUGUAGCAAAUUGAAAUGGUUGUAUUUUCGAAACAACAAACCAAGCGGUGACAUUCAUGUAGCUUGCUUGACAAUGGCUAUUAAAUCCGCCAUAUUCGGUGAUCUUGAAUGGUUGCAACUAUCAAAUACCCUUCCUGACAAUGUUGAGGAGAAUGGAAGACUACUGACUGAACUCUUACCAUCCAUUGCCUCUCACUGUCCUAAUCUGAAUGACAUUGAUCUCUCUGAGAACAAUCUUGGUGUACCUGGAGCUAGUGCAAUAGGAGAGGCCUUUGUAAGACUUGCUACCAAUAGGAAGGAGUUGGAGCUGAACUUAAGUGAGACUAAUCUCGACAGUGAAGCAGCGACAGUAUUUUCUGACAAAGUUUUGUCUUCUUUAGGGAAUGUGUCAAAUCCACUCUCUUGUGAAAUCAAUUUGCGUAUUGAUAACAAUCCACUUGGACACAGUGGUUUGUCAGCCAUCUUUAGAAUGCUCUCUAAUGAAAACUGUCCAGUAACAAGACUUGAUCUGGACCACACACAUGCAGUCAACCAGGGCCUAAUAACGGCAACCGAUUUUGAAACUCUAACAUUUCCUGGUAAAUGUAGCAAAUUUAAAAGAUUUCAUUUCAACACAACAAACCAAGCGGGGACACUCAUGUAGCUUGCUUGACAAUGG